AUGGCGCGAAAUUGGGGCCUGCGGGCAGGCUAUUGGCUGUUGCUCGUGGCUCUCUUGAUUCCACAAGCCUGGGCUUGGGAGCAGCGCGAUUACGAGAUUUUUGAUUUGAACGACGAUCUUCUGUCGGUGAGUGGCCCUGGGACAGACUUCUACUCGGUGCUCAACGUCAGUCGGACCGCAACUACAAGUGAAAUACAACGAGCGUAUCGAAAGGCAUCCCUAUCCUUGCACCCUGAUAAGAACCCUGAUCCAGCAGCGCAUGAACUCUAUUCCCUUUUAACCUCAGUGGCUGCUAUAUUGAGGGAUCAAGAGUUUCGGGAACGAUAUGAUGGACACCUUCAGCGCGGCAUUCCAAGAUGGCGAGGAACCGGGUACUACUACAGUCACUACAAACCAAGUCUCGUCACGAUCUCUUUGUUGAUCAUAUUGUCGACAAGCUUUGUUCAAUAUGUGUCCGCCUGGCUCAUCUACGUCCGACGCAAAUCGCACUUGCUUGAAGUGGAGAACAGCAUCAACAAUCUCACUUACACCCAAGUUAAAAAGCAGCUUAAAAAACGGGGGAAGCUGGACUCGCCCAAUAUAUCACGCCGUGCUUUCAAAAACGCCACCCCUCUUCAGCUACUCCAGGAAUCCGGCGAGAUCCCUAGCGAAUUAACUGUUUCACGGCCUUCACUGAAAGACGUCCUCAUUGUGCAAUUGCCUGUGGGCUUGAUGCGCGGAUUGUUCAAUGCACCUCGCAUUUUGCAACGGGUAGGAGCCUUCUUCAAGGAAGCGGCCGACGAUAAAACAUUAAGAGAAACUGAGAGAUCGGAAGACACAACUGAGAGCGAAACUAGCGAACGGGAUGACCUCAAUCGUGAAGAACGGCGAAGCAGAGGAAAGAGAAAGAGGGUUCCCGCGAGAUUUACGGUCGACAAUCCACAGACUGAAUCAAUCGGAGCGCCGAUCGACAACCCAUUCGGAAAUUCUGAAGCAAUUAAACAAGCAUCUGAUGAGAAUCACGGCGUAGCACAAGAAGGCGACCAAACUUCCGAAGUAGGAGAAAUACCACUCAAGGAAGGGGAAUGGGAGCUGCAAGAAAUAAAAACUCUGGUUGCAUUGGUCAAAAAGUACCCAGCAGGCAGCCGUGGACGAUGGGUGCUAAUUGCAAGGGAACUGAAUCGCGACGUAGAUGAUGUAUCUAGCAAGGCUCGCGCCAUUGCGACCAAUCCUACUUUGAAAUUGCAAUGACCAGGUGUAUUUAUGACAGAUAACCAUCGGAAGUAUAUGGAGCAGCUCUAGUACAUAGAAAUAGAAACCGUAUGCAACAAGC